ACGCAGCGACCGCUCUUGCGGGGGCACCAAACGCACACCCGGUCCAAGGAACUUCCUCCGCUCACGUUGUCCCUCAUAAGCACGACAACAGACAUGGACGAAGACGAAAUAAACGUUUGAAUCCCCCCACCUGACCCCACGAGUCUCGACGCUCCAAACGGUGUCCACGGGGGACCGCGUCGGUUCAUUCGGGCUCGCCGCCGUCCACUGCGCUCCGGCCGCCCGCCUACCGCUCUCUUCUCUUCGCUUGACGGCGCUUGCACCGGCGGGACUAUGUGAGCACCAUGCGGGCCGUGGGGUGCCUGCUGUUCGCCGCAGUGUUCGCGAGGUGCUCCGUGACGGGUCUGAGGGAGGGCUGGCAUCCCCCCACUGUAGAUCUCGUGCAGCCCAAGAGGCUCCUGCAGCAGAUCCACUCCCGGGACGAGCUGCUCCACGGCCGCCUGGACACCCGCAUCCACAACUCCUCGACGGGGGCGCAGCCCGUGCAUCUGGCCCAUAGCAGCUUCCUGGUGGAGGCCUUCGGCCGCUCGUUUAUCCUCGACCUGGAACUCAACCAUCACCUCCUGUCGACAGACUAUGUGGAAAGACACUUUGAAGAGGACGGGCAUCCGUCACAGAUUAAGGGAGGAGAGCACUGUUACUACCACGGACACGUGCGAGGGCUGCCACUAUCCUGGGUGGCUGUGUCCACCUGCCACGGCCUCUGGGGGAUGUUCUCCGACGGGAACGUCUCGUACGGGAUCCAACCUGCGGGCAGUGGCGUGGUGGACCAUGUUGUGUAUCGAAUGCCUCACAUCGACAUCCUCCCGCCUUCGUGUCCAGCAUGCAGCGUGAACGGCACCCGGCCUGAAGCACAGUUGGGCGGCGGGGCCAAAGGAGACGGGAAGAGGUGGGAUGGAGACGACUGGUCUGCGCAGAAGGCCAAGGAGAGGCUCGCCAACAGCUUGAGACGAUCAAAAAGACAAGUGCGUCAGGGUCAACACACAGUCCAGACAGAGACCAAAUACAUCGAGCUGAUGGUCGUAAAUGACUACGAACUGUUUGCCCAACAGCGCCGGUUGACCUCUCAGACGAAGAACUUUGCCAAAGCGGUGGUGAACAUGGCAGACGCGAUCUACAAGGAGCAGCUCAACACGCGCAUCGUCCUGGUCGCCAUGGAAACCUGGUCAUCGGACAACCGCAUCUCCGUGGGCGACGACGCGCUGCUCACCCUGCGCGACUUCAUGAAGUACCGGAAAGCGAGCAUCCGCGAGCGCUGCGACGCCGUGCACCUCCUCUCCGGGAGGACGUUCAUGAGCAGCCGCAGCGAAGCCGCCUACAUCGGCGGAGUCUGCUCGCUUAACAGGGGCGGCGGCAUCAAUGAGUAUGGCGCCGUUGGUCCGGUGGCCAUCACGCUGUGCCAGAGCCUGGGCCAGAACAUCGGAAUGCUGAGGAAAAAGGACAGACCCGCUGCAGGAGACUGCAGGUGUCCCGACCCGUGGUUGGGGUGCAUCAUGGAGGACACCGGCUACUACCUGCCCAGGAAGUUCUCUCGCUGCAGUAUCGACGAAUAUCUUCGUUUCCUGCAGCUGGGCGGCGGCAGCUGCUUGUUCAACAAGCCCAGCAAGCUGCUGGACCCGCCCGAGUGCGGCAACGGCUACGUGGAGCUGGGAGAGGAGUGCGACUGCGGCACACUCGUGGAGUGCGCCCGCAGCGGAGCCAACUGCUGCAAGAAGUGCACGCUUACCCACAAUGCAAUGUGCAGCAACGGCCUCUGCUGCAGGGACUGCAAGUAUGAGCUGAGAGGCGUGACGUGUCGAGAGGCCGUCAAUGACUGUGACAUUCCGGAAACCUGCGCGGGGGACUCCAGCCAGUGUCCUCACAACGUCCACAAACUGGACGGCUACACGUGUGAGGCCGGCCAGGGUCGCUGCUACGGAGGCCGCUGCAAGACCAGGGACGGCCAGUGCAGGAGCCUGUGGGGCCACAACUCCGCUGACAGGUUCUGCUAUGAAAAGCUCAAUUCCGAGGGCACGGAGAAAGGAAACUGCGGACCCGAGCCCGGCGGCCAGGGAUGGAUGCAUUGUAACAAGCAGGAUGUUCUGUGUGGUCUGCUGCUGUGCACCAACGUGAGCGACAAGCCGAGCUUUGGCGAGCUGCAGGGUAAACUCACCAGUCUGACCGUCUAUCAUCACAACAGAUACCUGGACUGCAGGGGUGGUCACGCAGUGCUGGACGACGGCUUGGACCUGGGCUACGUGGAGGACGGAACGCCAUGCGGGCCCAACAUGAUGUGUCUGGAACGCCGCUGCCUCCCGGUCACCACCUUCAACCUCAGCAUGUGCCCCGGCUCGUCUAUCUCGCGCGUCUGCUCCCAUCACGGCACGUGCAGCAACGAGGUGAAGUGUAUCUGCGAUCCGGACUACACCGGGAAGGACUGCAGCGUGUUUGACCCCAUUCCCAUUCCCACGCCGCCCGAGGGCCCCGAGAAGUACAAAGGUCCGAGCGGUACCAACAUCAUCAUUGGCUCGGUGGCCGGCGCCAUCCUGCUAGGGGCCAUCGUCCUGGGAGGCACCGGAUGGGGAUUCAAAAACAUCCGGAGAGGAAGGUACGACCCAGCCUUUGAGUCCUGAACUUCCAAAUAACACAAUAUUCCAGCUCUCUUUGUGGUCAUUUUUUGUUACUUACAUCAGUUUACACCACAUUUUUAGAGACCUCAUUCAUAACUCUAUGAAAAAUAUGAUCCAAGAAAUGUUUAUCAUGCAGUGGAUGUAAAAAGUCUACAAACCCCUUUUCAAGUGCCAGGUAUUUGUAAAAAGCCUACUAGAACAUCUGAACUUUAUUUGGGGUUAAUCAGAGGCACUUGAAAUGGUGGCAGAUGUGCGCUGACUCCCAUUCAACAUGAGUUUGAAUGAGAUCGGUUAUUUUUUUAACUUCCCCAGUUGUAAGAGGGUGUGCACACUUGUGCAAACACAUUAUUUCAGUUGCUUAUAUUUAAUUUUUCCUCUGGAAAUGAUUUUUAGAAAUGCAAUUGAGUUAGACAGGGAACAAGUCACGUUAAUAGUGGAAAAAGUUUUGAAAUGAUUCAUCUUGUCAUUUAUUUUUUUUAUACCACAAAAAUGUGGUAUUUGAACAAGCGUGUGUAAGCAAAGCAAAGCCCAUUUAUUUAUAUAGCACAUUUCAUACACAAGGUAACUCAAUGUGCUUUACAUGAUUAAAAGCAUUUAAAAACAAAGGGAAACAAACAGCUUAUAAACAUUUAAAACAAAAUAAAAGUACAAUUAAAACAGCAUACAGUGGAAGAAAUAUCAUGAAUAAAUAAAAUAAUACUAAUAAAAGAAAAAUGUUUAACCCGGACUUAAAAACAUGCACAGUUGGGGCUGACGUCCCUUCUGUAGACUUUUUAUAUCCACUGUAAGAAAGUAUAUGUUGAGCCUUUGUGGGUUGAAAUGUUUUGGGGUUUUAAAAAAAACAAAAACAGAAAAAACAGAUAAACUGCAAGGUUGCCCAUGUUUGUACUUCUGCCAUAUUGUGGAUAUCGUAAGAAAAAAUAAUAACUCGUUUGAGUUUUUGUUUGUUGUUGAUGAUCACUUCUCCUCCUUCCCCUUGUGUCCCUUCUUGCCCUCAUCUUCUUUCUCCUUCACCUUCCGCUCUCUUCCUCC